AUGAUGGAUUUUGGUUAUCCACAAACAACGGAAUCCAAAAUCUUGCAGGAAUACAUCACACAAGAAUCGCACAAGCUAGAAAUUCAAGUCAGGCCACCCAUGGCAGUAACCAACGCAGUCAGUUGGAGGUCUGAAGGGAUCCGAUACAGGAAAAAUGAGGUUUUCUUAGAUGUGGUGGAAAGCGUAAACUUGUUGGUCAACGCGAACGGAAAUGUUGUUCGAAGUGAGAUUCUGGGGGCAGUCAAAAUGAAAUGUUAUUUGAGUGGAAUGCCCGAACUCAGAUUAGGAUUGAACGACAAAGUUAUGUUUGAGAGUACCGGCAGAACUUCUCGGGGCAAGGCGAUUGAGAUGGAGGACACAAAAUUUCAUCAAUGUGUUCGAUUAUCACGGUUUGAGAACGACCGGACAAUAUCAUUUAUCCCUCCUGAUGGCGAAUUUGAGCUGAUGUCAUACCGAAUCAACACGCAAGUCAAGCCCUUAAUCUGGGCUGAAGCCAUGGUCGAAUUACAUUCAAACAGCCGAGUCGAAUACAUGGUGAAAGCCAAAGCGCAAUUCAAGCGACGAUCGACAGCCAACAAUGUGGAAAUUUACGUACCCGUGCCCGAUGAUGCUGAUUCGCCUCGGUUCAGAGCAAGUGUGGGCACUGUACAUUAUGUUCCAGAGAAAUCGGCGUUUGUUUGGAAAAUCAAACAAUUAGGAGGCGGACGGGAGUAUCUGAUGCGAGCUCAGUUUGGAUUGCCUUCCGUUCGAAGUGAGGAUGUGAUUGAAAAACGCCCACCGAUUACGAUCAAGUUUGAAAUUCCAUACUUCACUGUAUCUGGGAUUCAAGUGCGAUACCUGAAAAUCGUCGAGAAAUCUGGAUAUCAAGCCCUCCCAUGGGUCCGUUACAUCACGCAGCAUGGAGACGAUUAUUCUUUGCGAACGUGCAUCGACAAAUCAAACGCCCAAUCUUUUGCUGCUGUUUAA